CGCAACGCCUGCAGUACCUCGACGCCAACGCAACAAGCGGCCCAGGCUCCAAUCGACGCAGAUAAUACCCGCGCCUGCUCUGCACCACUGACGACACGUACGGCUGACGAGGUGAUUGUGCUAAGAUUACUGCUGCCGCAAAGCUUCACCUGGCUAUACACAAUGUUCCGACGUUCACGCGCGCGGCCAACCAACAUCAUCUGAGCAGCACUGCCAGGCACCCAUACGAGGCUGUGAAGCGCAAAGUCUCUGCAGGCUGCCCAGUAACCGCACUGGCACUCACACGCCUACCUGGCGCCCUCAACUCCUCUCCCCUUCCUUCACAAGACAACUGUCGCCGCAGCCAUGGUCAAAGCCGAUCCCACGCGAAACUACUAUGCCGACCUGAAGGUCUCUGCCACCGCCACCGAAAACGAGAUACGCAAGGCUUUCCGAACGCUUGCGCUGCAGUAUCACCCGGAUCGCAAUCCUGGGCGCGAGGCCGAAUUCGUUGUCCGGUUUCAGGAAAUCCAGGCUGCACACGAGAUACUAUGUGAUCCCACCCAACGAGCAAAGUAUGACGCAGAGAGGAGGAAAUACAGGAAUGCCUCUGCCUCCGCAAAUACGCCCAACACGCCGAGAACAAGACCACCCCCUGCCCAGCGCAACACGUACACAACGACUACCCCGAAUGGGUCCUACUAUCGCGCUCCUCCUCCGAGACCGCAGGCACAGCGUCCCCCACCACCCCAACACCAAAACUCGUAUACCACGGGCGCAGACAGGUUUACAAACAAGAACUUCCGCCCGCCUCCAACCGCUCAAAAGCCAGACCCGAGACCCAGAGAUGCAGAAGCCCGGGCGAAUGUCUUUACAGCAUGGCAGAAGAUGAAGCCACCGCGGGGCGAGGACGCUCGACAACAAAGCAACAAUGCCCACAGCAGCGCAUACCCCAAUCCUCCAAACAACCCCAACGGCACUCCCUUUGGCCGAAGUCAAAGCACAAGAGCACCUUCUUCCAAGCAGGGAUUUGACCCUUCGGUGCCUGGAGUCGACGAGGGACAGGCGCGAUCGUCGUAUAGGAACUAUGCUCGCCCAGCACCAACGCCACCCCACUCUACCACACCUCCCAAAGAAAGCCAGGCCGACAACGUCCCGUACUCAGAAGCUAACCGCGUUCGCACCCCAUACUACUCUCACGCCGGGGGAGAGCGAACAUCCAUGUUUGAGGGUCUAGGUAGAUCGGCUAGUGUGCGCAAUUCACCGACCUACACCCACAGGGCGAGCUCGUCACAAGAUGCGGGCGCAUACUCAGAUUCGGGUCGCAAGGCACAAGCAAAAGCUGCAAAUGGAACUGCAAAAAAGUCCUUUGCACACGGCUACCCCGACUCGAGCGACUCAGACUCUGAACCGGAGGUUUUCACAAAGAGCAAUAAGCACCACAAUGCUCCACCCGUGCCGCAACAUUCGAGACCCCCUCCGCCAACUUGGGCUCAGAGUGGCUUCAUGACACCUGAUCCAAAACGACAGAGUAAUGGGGCUACAAGCCAUAUGCCAAACACCUUUAAGAGCAGGAGUGAGGAGAGCAUCAAUAUGAAAUUCUCGCCUUCGGACUGGCAUGGCAAGUUUGAAGGCAAUAAUAGUUACUUUGCUCCUGACAUACCAAAAGGUGCCAGCGGGAAAGGCCGAACCUCUCCCACACGCGGCAGAGCUUCACAACGCAGCGCGACAGAUCGGAAUCCAUUUGCUGCUCAGCCCAACCCAUUCGCACCUACCCACCCGAUACCUCCUCCGCCUCCUGGGCCACCCCCUGGUCUCAACUUUGCUCAGCCUCCAGUAGCUCCUCACGCUGCAAAAUUCAGUCCUCAGGACUGGCAAGAGACAUUUAAAGAUCCGCAUUGGGUGUACAACGAUGCCAAGGAAACCUCACCGCGUCGUCCUUCAGAAGCUACAAAGCGGCCAAAGGCGCCGCGAAAGGCGUCUGUGCAGCAAAACGGAGCCUCCAAGGCACAAAGCCAGUCAGAUACAUCGCGGCCCAAGUACCAAGCUUUUGCUGAAGAGCCAACGAAUGGUGAUGCGGAUGCAAUGGAUAUUGACUCUGGGCCACCAUCGUCAGACAAAAAGGGCGCAACAACCGGGCCUACAGUGCCAAAGCUGAACACAACUCUGCCAGGCACCACACCGAACGGCUCUAGCACUGCACCACCUUCUGCUGCCACAGCUAAGCCGCCUGCUGAGGGGCUAAAUGGCCUUGGUCCAGAUUUCAUCAAACCGCUCGUGGAGCCCCAGAAGAAUGGACUUGGCGGAAUGGCAUCUGUUGGAGACGCACUGCCCUUCUCUUCUGAAGCAUCCAACUCACAUCCCAUAAAGGCGAAUGCAGCGAAGAGUCUCAAGUAUCCCGAAAUACCCCUGGCGCCUCCUGUCCCAGCCAAGUUAGAUUUGGCCUCGAUUGAUAACUACUUUGAACGUAUGGGCUCUUAUGUCAAAUCGUACCGAAACUACUGUAAAGUUCUCACUGGGCACUUUGUUGCACGAAGCGUGGAGAUGGAGGAUCUAGACGAUCACUUCAUUCGCAACCGUGGGGAGACGACCAAGAAGGUUGGCUUUGUGAGCUACCUGGCCAAGAUGGAAGAAGACGAAAGUGUCAUGGAGACAUGGAAGGUGGCACAGGAACGGCAUAUUGUUGCGCUGCAACAGUGCGCAGAUGUGCGCACAAAGGCUUUGAAGUUGUACCAGACCCUUCAGGCCUAAGAUCAGCGCGCCGUCGCUUGUUUUGGGUUUGCAGGUGUGCUGACAUAUUUCUAGACAUGGAAGGAACACGCGCCAGAACAGCGUUCAAAGUGUAGCAGAAAGGUUAGAAACGCUGAUUGUUAGUGAGUCCCAUAUUACUUCGCGAACGCUUGGGCAGCGUUGGAUGUCUGGUUCGAUGUUGGGAAUGAGGAUGCGCAGUCCUACCAGACUUGACAGAGGCACGGAGGGUUUGAAUAGCAAGGGCGCCUCAAAACACCAGCCGCUUUUAUCGAGAAAGAAGAAGUAUUACGGUCUUGGGUAGCGAUGGCGUUUUCUCUUGUCUCGAGGCUCGGCAUUAUGAAUACCCCCCUGGUUGAAGCUGGGAAUGAUUGGAAUGAUGGUUGGAUGGCACGCAUGAGCAAUGUCUAAUUAGUAUACAUAUCGAAUAGAUGGAAUACAUGAUACGUCUACGAC